GAAGAAGAACAAGGAGCAAACAUUUCGCUGCGCCUGCAGAUCUGUGUACUCGACCAAAUAAACGUUGAUUUGAUCGAUAGUCCCCAACUUGACAAAAACGAUCCGCUCGAACGCGCCCUUAGUUGAAGUGGUCACGUUACUUUAUUUUUUGUUGAUACACGAGUUCAACAGAGAAGUAAAACGUAGUUAUGUUUUAGCGGCUUUGUUUCUGUAUAUAGCAACAAAAAUAUAUAUAUUUUUACGUAGAACUCAAGCAUUCUAUUCUUUGUAAUAGUUAUGUAGCUAUUUGAACGACUGGUGAACAUCUGCUUAUCCUUGGUCGAUUUGUCCCAGUGCUAAUGCUAACUAGCUAGCACAGCGCUCUCUCUAUCUUUUGUGUUGUUUAGGCUGCAGUCACUUUCUCUGACAUGGCCUCGCCUGCACCUGGAGCGGGAUUCCAGAACAAGAACCGUGUUGCCAUUUUGGCUGAAUUGGACAAGGAGAAGAGACGCUUGAUACAGAACUCCUCCAUGAAUAACCCUGGAGCCAGCAUCCCUCUCUCCAGACCAGCCCUGAAUAAAGACUUCAGAGACCACGCGGAGCAGCAGCACAUCGCUGCCCAGCAGAAAGCAGCUCUGCAGCAUGCCCAUGCUCACUCUUCUGGAUUCUUCAUCACUCAAGACUCGUCCUUCGGGAACCUGAUCCUCCCGGUGCUGCCCCGUCUAGACCCACCUCCACCAGCAGAAUAACCUUAAGAUGAAAACACCCAACGGCUAAAAGCAGCAGGUGUUUACAGAUCACCUGUUGGGUGUUGACGAAUGGCAGCGGACCACAGAUCACGUGUUGACGAAUGGCAGCGGGGCCACAGAUCACCUGUUGGGUGUUGACGAAUGGCAGCGGACCACAGAUCGGCCCUCAUUUUUCCCAACGAUUUUGUUGAAUUGCCACUGUUCGUCGACACACGGCACAUCGUUUAGUGCACAUGGCCGACGUUUGUUUCUGGUGUUUUCUCCACGAACAGACAUAGUGACAACACUUUGUUACAAGGACUUUCUGAACAAGGUCUUGGAUUGUUUGUUGAAGCUAAGGGUCAUGUUAUUUCUGUCUAUUUUUGGUGCACCGUACAUCAUGUGGUUUUGAAAGACAAAUGUCAUUUUUCUAACAUUUUUUAUAAAUGGAAAAAAGGCCUAAUCAAAUAAAGAUCAAGUCAACAACAACAUUUGGACCUUUUACUUGGGAAUUUGCAAACUCAUUAUAUUAAACCCAGACGUUAUAUUGUUACAACAUAGAAGGAACCAGGGUUUAAUGUUUACGGAAUUUGAUGACAAAGCAAAUCAAUUACGUUACCAGCAAAAAUAUUGUAAUUGGAUUACAGAUACUUUUGAAUAAACUAUUGAAAUUA